UCAGUAUCGGGCUUCAGCAGAAUUUCACCGCGGCCGCUGCAGCUGAUCCUCCGGGGAGCAGGCAGCACGACCCGGCGGAGCUUGUGUCCUCUCGCCGCCUCAUGAAGCUCAUCUCCGGAUGUGCGGUUGUGUCUGGACGGAAGCUCCGGGUGCAGAAGGGAUAAGUGACCGUGGAGGAGGUGACGCGCUCCGUCACUGCCUGGCGCAGUCGGUGCGCUGACCGCUGUCAGAGGAGGUAUGCCGCAUUUACGUUCCAGAUUCUAACGCUUCAGCGGCUCCACAUCUGGUUCUGGGGGAUAUUCAGCGCGGGGACAACGGCAGUAAAUGCCCGCUCGUCGAGCCGGAGCGUCGGGAGAAUGCAGCAGAGCGGCUGCCUGGCUGCAGGUGGAUGGUUCCCAGCUGCUGCCGCCGCAGGUCCGGCUCCAGCUCUGAGCUCCAGCUGAAACCCACCACACCGGCAGAACCACACGAGUAAAGCCGAGCCAUGCUGCCCGGGGUCGGGGUGUUCGGCACCAGCCUGACCGCCAGAGUGAUCAUCCCGCUGCUGAAGAACGAGGGCUUCGCCGUCAAAGCGCUGUGGGGCCGGACGCAGGAGGAGGCGGAGGAGCUGGCCAAGGAGAUGAACGUGCCCUUCUACACCAACCGGAUCGACGACGUGCUGCUGCACCAGGACGUGGACCUGGUCUGCAUCAACCUGCCGCCGCCGCUGACCAGGCAGAUCGCGGUUAAAACACUGGGUAUUGGAAAGAACGUCAUCUGCGACAGGACCGCCACGCCUCUGGAUGCCUUCAGAAUGAUGUCAGCUGCCCAGUACUAUCCCAAGUUACUGAGCAUCAUGGGAAAUGUUCUGCGUUUCUUGCCAGCCUUUGUUCGAAUGAAGGAACUCUUGGAAGAAGGGUACAUUGGGGAGCUUCUGGUCUGUGAGGCCCAGGUCCACAGUGGCAGUCUCCUGGGGAAGAAAUACAACUGGAGCUGUGAUGAUCUGAUGGGAGGUGGCGGCUUGCACUCGGUGGGCAGUUACAUCAUCGACCUGCUUACAUUUCUGACGGGCCAGCGUGCAGCCAAAGUCCACGGCUUCCUAAAGACCUUCGUCAAACAGACAGACCACAUCCAGGGCAUCCGUCAGAUCACCAGUGAUGACUUCUGCACAUUCCAGAUGGUGCUGGAAGGAGGUGCCUGCUGCACGGUCACGCUCAACUUCAAUGUACCUGGGGAGUUUCGCCAGGAGGUGAUCGUUGUGGGUACAGUCGGGCGGUUAACAGUCACAGGGACGGACCUGUACGGACAGAAGAACAGUGGGGGUGAAGGGUUCGGUGGUGGCCCUGAGCUGCUGCUCAAAGACACCACACCUCUUGAGAAGGCUUCUUUGCCAGAGAAGGCCUUCAGUGACAUUCCCUCACCGUAUCUCACCGGGACGAUCCGCAUGAUCCAGGCCGUGCGGCAGGCCUUUGAGGACCAGGAUGACCGGCGGACGUGGGACGGGAGGCCUCUGACAAUGGCCGCCACCUUUGAGGACUGCCUGUACGCUCUUUGUGUGGUGGACACCAUCAAGAAAUCCAACCAGUGUGGAGAGUGGCAGAACAUUGUGGUGAUGACGGAAGAACCAGAGGUCAGCCCGGCAUAUUUAAUUAGUGAGGCCAUGCGGCGGAGCAGGAUGUCCCUCUACUGUUAGCAUCCAGCUGAUGUGCUAAUAUAGUAAAGGUGGCUGACUGCCUGUGUUAUCCUGUGUUAUCUUUAAAUCUGGAGGUGGUGCUAGAAGGGUCUUGAUAUUGUUGGAACUUUUUUCAUACAGCUCCCGGAGUAUGUUUUUUUUUUUUUAAGAUGUCAUGUCUGUAUUGUUGCUGUUACAGACCCAGAGGUUUUCCCCACUAUUACCCAGAGAGUUAUGGCUUCCUGUCACUUUGCCUCUACAGGAGAGGAAAAGCAAUGUGAUUAGUAAUUAAACCUUUAUUUAUGAGGAAGUCUUUCCUGUUUCUUUUGACAGAUGACUUGUGCCCUUUCAGAGGGGGAUGCACCUGUAAAUCAAACUGAUUCAUUCAACAGAAAGACGAGAUACAGUCCCACAGCGGAGGCUGAUGUGGGAGUGGAACUAAAGCUUCCGUGUUCUGCUUGGCCGUGAGGGUAUUGCACCUCUCGUCUAUGCUCCUCCUCUACGUGUAUGUGUCUGGAAGUCAACACCUUUCACUGUGGGUCCGAAUGAGGACAGCCGAGGAAGAACGACAGCCCUCACUGUUGAAACUGUACCGCUUUAUUGUUGCUAUAAAUCUGAAAAACUUGCUAGUUUUACCAAGUGGAUGUUUUAAAAAAAAAAAAAACAACUGUGUGCUUGAUAGCUGCGGUCUCUGUCUGCUCUGUGUGCUUCCUCCGUAAGUGUGAAACAACAGAGGAAAAAAAUCAAUAGUUUGGCUGGUGGGAUUUCAGAGGGUUUGACCCUCUGGUUCAUGUAUGCAAUAUAUUCAGGCUGAAGUCAGCAGCAGACAUACUUUUAUCUUCCAGCCUGGAGUCAGGGGUUAGGAUGCACUAAACGCUUUAUGCAGUUACAGUAGCCUGUGCAUCAGUUUGCGAGUCCUGUAUGGGUGGCCAAAGGUUUAUACCGUGCUUUUUCUGUCGUCAUAAAGCAUAGCCAUAAAAUACACUGACAUCUGUGAGACCUGUUAGUUCAUAAUAGUCUCUAAAUGUGGGUAAUGAUAAAGUCUUGCAGUAAGUUGCAAGUAAAUACGUAGGGGGUUUUAUCUGCAUAUUGCAAUACAGUGGGUCACUGUUGCUGGAAGCUAAUGUCAUUAUGUGACAUGCUUUAUUAAGCCUCUUCAACAUGCACAGUUACACAGAUUUGUCAGUGUGCAGUGGAAUGUCAUUGAGCAGUGGUAGAUAGUGGAGAGUUGGAGUUUAAAUGUCAGACGAUCCCAUGAAAAAAAAGUGAAUUUGUUUCUUAGUACUUUCUGACUUCACAAUUUAAGACCAUUGGUUUAUGAAGAUGAUCUAUAAAGCUACACUAAUCAGUAUUUUUUAAAGAACAAUGGCUCAAAUGACUUAUGUUAUGUGAAAGGUGUUGCUAGAGAACUGGAGGUUAUCACUUGACUAUGCAGUUACCCUCAGCUUAAAGUAGCAUUUUAACAUCAUUUGACUGAUAUUAUCUUUAACUUAAGAGCCUCAUUUCCAGCCUCAUUUGUUUAAUACACACACUCGCAGUUUUAGGCCAGUGUACAGUUCAAAAAACCCACUAACACCGACCAGCACCUGGCUUUUGUCUGCAGUGGGAAUGGAUACAAUCAGUGUUGAGUCAUAGGUCACAUGACUCUGCAGUAGACAAAGGUUUUUAUCAGCUCUGGUCCGAAGUGAUGGAAACACCUGGGUGAACGUCAUAAUGUGGCAUUUCGGUGCAUUUGUGACAUUGCACAUUCAAAAAAACAGAAAGGGAAACUCCUUUAGUGGCAAAUGGGAGAGGAGUCCAUUGCCUUUUUGUAGCAGGUUUACCUACAUUUAAAAUAAAACCACGUACUCCUGCUAAUUAUAGUGUUAAAGAGGUGUCAGAUAUAUACAUAUGAUUGACUCAAAUAUCGUAGCUCUAUGGCACAGAUGAUAAACAUCAGGUUUUGCCUACAUCAUGAGUAUAGUAUUGUUGUUUUUUGUCUUUUCAUGGGAUUUCUUGACAAUAAGUAAAUAUAUAUACAAGGAAUAACACCAGAUUUAUCCUUCCACCCCUCAGAGGCAAAGCAAAGUUUAGAACAAAACGUGUGUAUUAUAUCAUAUAUCAGGAUAUUGUGUAAAAUGAAUAUUGUGAUAAUUUAUCAUUUGCCGAAAAUCCAACUUCUCAUUGUGUUAACUGUCAGAAAGUAUUUAUUUUGACUCGAGGUUUGGCCUCACUCCAUACAGGCGAACGAGCAACACUGACCUACAAAAGCCAAAAGAUUGAUUUUUUUGAUUUUUUUUUUAUGCAUCUCUGUCCCUAUGUGCGGUUUCAAGCUCUUAAGCUGUCCUGAAAUACUAUCUAUGUAACGACUACUGAACAUGACCAUGUGAAAAUAUUAUGAAACGAUCUGUGUUUGUCUUAAGAAAUAAAACAAGUACUGUAUGUAUUUUAUUUUGUAAAAAACAAGGAACUGGAAGAUGUUUUCGAUGAGUGUUAAGGUAUUUAUUCUUUGUUUUUGCUGCUGUGUUUUUUGCAGACUGAGGCCCUCGGAGCAUUGGGCUUCAUAGUUUCCCCCAUUUAUGAAUUAUUUAUCCAAAUCCUGAUGUUUUCCACACACGGGAAGCUUUAUGUUUGAAUUUAAGAUCAGCGACGUGUCGUACUUUAUACCAAUCCAGCCUCACUACACUGUCCUCCAGUGCUCUCUCUGUGAAAUAAAGCUGGUGGUUGUAGCUGUUCAGAGGUCAGAGUAUCUAACAGCAGCGUUUGACCCAUUUUUUUCUCUGUGAUUUGAUUCGAUGCGUCACGCUGUACUUUAAGGUCAGGGCUCAUUACAGUUCACGCUGUGGUGGGGUGAGCUACACACAACACUGGUGUGUUCAGGGGGGAAAAAAAGAGCGUCCACAACCAGUCUGCCUGGAAAAGCUCUGAGUCCAACUGAUAAGCUAUCUCUCUUUAAGAUUGCUCAAGUUAUUUUAUUGACCCUUGUGAACUGAGCACCUUAUCAAAUCUGCAUAUAGACUUUCCCCCUUUGUCAGAUAA